AUGUUUGCCCAAUAUUUCUAUCCAAUUUUAUUGGCAAUCCUUUGGUUAACUUCACCAAAUUACGGUUAUCGAGGUCAUGUUUGCACUCUUUCUAACUUGGAACUAGACGUUGUGUUUGUCCUAGAUGCUAGCGCUGGAGUAGAUCAACAUGGAUAUGCUGGGGAAAAAGCUGCAAUUUAUGGACUUUUCAAUGAACUUACAAUUGGUCAAAGAACUGAGAUGACUCGUGUGGUUACAUUAAAUAUGGGUAGUCAGACUAACAAUGAAAAAGUUUCCUUGGGUAUGUAUCGGGCUGGUGAUCAAGCCAAAAAAGAUCUGUUAGAAUUGCCAUAUAAAGGUGGUGAAGUAAAUCUUCAAAGUGGACUUGCUGCAGCAUAUGGACUUUUUAAAACAGAAAGUGAUCGACCGAGUAAACCAAAUGUUGUUGUCCUAUUCUCCAGUACUGCUGUCAACUGUGCAAAUGGCGGGCUAACUCAGAGCGGAGCAUGUAAGCAGGCGUUUCGAAUGAAAAACGAAAGUAUCAUUCUGAUCAGCGUUGACCUACGUUAUCAUGAAGAUCCCAACGAAGAGACUAUGAACCUUGGAGAAUAUUCAUUGCAGAACAAUGAAACACUUUUUGACAAAUUAAAAGAAAUAUUUUGUGAAGUAUCACCAACUCGGCCACCAACACUGACACCAAAUGCAUGUCCAUGUGUUCUGCAUGGCGUAUGGCUUGAUAUCGUUGUGAUGUUUGAUUCCUCAGACGGAGCUUCAACAGUCGGCUUUGCAGGUCAACGAGGUGCUAUUACCGGGCUUUUGCAUCGUUUAUUCAUUAAACAAAAAGGUGAACAGUUCAGCAGAAUUGGGUUCGUCAAUGUCGGUAGUACUGCAACUUUGGUGAGUGAUCUGAACAAAUACAGCCAUGGAACAGAAGCCAUUAUGGAUAUGAUGGCAAUGAAACCUAUGAAAGGAGAAUAUAACUUUGGAAAUGGUAUUGUGCAGGCUAAAACAAUAUUCCAAAAGAAGAUGAGUAGACGGGAAAGGCAAAAUGUCAAAGAUUUGUUGAUCGUAUUUACAAAUACUAUCGUGAAGUGUGAAACAGGCAAAGAAGGUUGUCAGGUGGCAAAAUGGCUCACUGAAAACGGCGUCACCAUUUUAACCAUAGAUAUCUCAGUUUAUGGUGUACCAAAUGGUGAUCCAAAUCAGGGCAGUUCAUUCGGCGAUCGAUGUUUCCGGUUGAGCAACAACAAAUAUUUCUUAGAAAAUUUGGAAGAUUUGAUUUGCAAAGCAAACUGUUUCUGUAAGCCACCAACAAUUCAGUUCAAAACUGACGAAUGUGGUAUUUACGGCCAAUGUGUAUAUUUGGAAGAAUCACCAGCAGCUUCAGAGUCAGCAAAAGUUGGCUGUGGCUUAGUUGGAAUGACAUUAGUUGAUGUAUAUUCUGACGAAAAAGACAAGUUCUUAACAGAUAUUGCAAAAGCUGAAAAAACCGAUAAAUAUAUUGUUGGCCUGCAGUAUAUUAAUGAUGAAUUGAUAUGGUCAAGCGGUGAAACUAUGGACAAGGAUGACUACAACAUUUAUGCACCUGGUGAGCCGGAUGCAAGGCGUGGUGAGUGCACAUAUGCUGAUUUAUAUAGUAGUAAAAAUUCAAUAUGGAAGACGAUGAAGUGUUCGUACACAAGUCCGGCAAUGAGAUAUUUCUGCCAGAAGGAUACCUGUGACAGUGAACACUACUGUCAAUGA